AUGUAUCACAGCAAGAUCCUGAUCGGCGCUCUUGCCCUGCUGGUGUCGACCGCGCUCGCGCGCCCGGCCGGUAGUGAAGUCGUUGCCCGUGAUGCUGCGAAGCAGUACUUCCACUCCGUUACUUCCACUCUGUCUGACGUGCUCGAUAAGCGUGACCCCGAGGCUGCCAAGCAGUACUUCCACUCCGUGUCUGACGUGCUCGACAAGCGUGACCCCGAGGCUGCGAAGCAGUACUUCCACUCUGUGUCUGACGUGCUCGACAAGCGCGACCCCGAGGCUGCGAAGCAGUACUUCCACUCUGUGUCUGACGUGCUCGACAAGCGCGACCCCGAGGCUGCGAAGCAGUACUUCCACUCUGUGUCUGACGUGCUCGAUAAGCGUGACCCCGAGGCUGCGAAGCAGUACUUCCACUCUGUGUCCGACGUGCUGGACUAA